AUGAGCAUCCGGGAGGCGAGCAUGACUGAGGGAACAGCUUGCCGAUCAAACGAGAGCAAGGACAACGCCUUCCCUAACCACGACAGCGAUUACGACUGGAUCGAUGAACAUAAGCCUUGGUCUCCAGAAAAGAAGGAAGAGAGAGGACGUGAGGUCGCUUGGGAAUCUGCCCCUACUCUCCCUCGAACACCGUCUCAAACGGAGCACGCACGCGGCAGGCACGAGCACAUCUACGGGAGCGAGCGACGGCUAGAGGGGCAUCACGAACGACGACAUGUGAAGCGGUCUUCAUACGAACGACUGGCGGUAUCUCACGAGCACGAAAGAGUCCAUCAAGCUUUCGAAAGUCCCGCAUCACCAGCAGCUUCCAUAGCGACUUUGACGAGCACACGCGGCAGCGAGCAGGAGCGUGAUGUUGUUGCUGGAUAUGAUAGUAGUCCGUCCGAUUACUCGGAUAUCUGGAAUGACUAUCAUUCUUCCUCCGAGGCCGAAGACGAUGGUGGUGCUGAUCAAGAUCAAGAGAAGAAGUGUGAGUAUGAGGAGAGGCAGAAGACCUACGAUCAUCUUUGCGCGCGACCGCCGCUGCCUCCGCCGCCGCCGCUAACAUCGGUAGGGGGGCGGUAUGGCGAUUGCUCUUCUUGGAAUGCACGUGCUUUCAAUUUGCCGAGUGAGUUUGAGGAUGAUAGUCUGUUGGGUGGGAGAGAUAUGAUUACUGCAUUUGAGCCGAAGGAUUAUGAUGGGAGGUAG